GCCCAGCUCGGCACCGCCGCGACACCGCACCGCGACACCGCACCGCAGCGACACCGCACCGCUCCGCGCCGCGCGGCCGGACCCCGCCGCGCCCCCCGGCGCCGCGCCCCGCACCGCUCCGCGCCCUCCCGCACCGCACGCCCCCUUCUCUCUCCACAGCCCUGACAGUAUUUCCCGCGCCGCGACAGCUCUCAAACCUACUUUGGGGUCUUAAAACGAAACCGUACACCAUUUCACUGUGGACAUUACACCCUCUUACAGAUAUGGGAGACAUGGGAGACCCACCAAAAAAAAAACGCCUGAUUUCCCUAUGUGUUGGUUGCGGCAAUCAAAUUCACGAUCAGUAUAUUCUGAGGGUUUCUCCGGAUUUGGAAUGGCAUGCGGCGUGUUUGAAGUGUGCAGAGUGUAAUCAGUAUUUGGACGAGACCUGUACGUGCUUUGUUAGGGAUGGCAAAACCUACUGUAAAAGAGAUUAUAUCAGGUUAUACGGCAUCAAGUGCGCCAAGUGCAGCAUCGGCUUCAGCAAGAAUGACUUCGUGAUGCGUGCCCGCGCCAAGGUGUACCACAUCGAGUGUUUCCGCUGCGUGGCCUGCAGCCGCCAGCUCAUCCCCGGCGAUGAAUUCGCGCUGCGGGAGGACGGCCUCUUCUGCAGGGCGGACCACGACGUGGUGGAGCGGGCCAGCCUGGGCGCCGGGGACCCGCUCAGCCCACUGCACCCCGCCCGACCGCUGCAGAUGGCAGCAGAACCUAUCUCUGCCAGACAGCCAGCUCUGCGACCCCACGUUCACAAGCAGCCCGAGAAGACCACCCGAGUCCGGACUGUCCUUAAUGAAAAACAGCUUCACACCUUGAGGACAUGCUACGCUGCCAACCCCAGACCUGACGCCCUCAUGAAGGAGCAACUGGUAGAAAUGACUGGCCUCAGCCCGAGGGUCAUCAGGGUUUGGUUUCAAAACAAACGGUGCAAGGACAAAAAAAGGAGCAUUAUGAUGAAGCAACUUCAGCAGCAGCAACCCAAUGACAAAACUAAUAUCCAGGGGAUGACAGGAACUCCGAUGGUGGCUGCUAGUCCGGAGAGACAUGACGGUGGUUUACAGGCGAACCCGGUGGAGGUGCAGAGUUACCAGCCGCCCUGGAAAGUACUGAGCGACUUCGCACUGCAGAGUGACAUAGACCAACCUGCUUUUCAGCAACUAGUAAGUGUCGGUUCCCAGUCGGAGCAGGCCAGCCGGUACCCGGGGCAGAGCAAUGGGGGAUUCCCUAAAGGUACCGGAUGCCCUCAGAGAGAUGAGCCAUCCAGACUAGCCGGGUUUUCCUGAAAUUGCAAGGUGAGCAUGACAACACUCUGUAAACGUGGCGAACUGGAUUGAUUUCACAGCUCUUGGUGUGAAACCUAGCUUAGGGCACAGCAGGGCUCUUGCUGAGGUGAGAGAGAGAUGGAUCAGGCCUGACUCAGGUCUGAGACUUAACUCAGCUCGCACACCCCUGAAAACUGAGAGAUCCAGAGAACUAAAACAUUCUUCACUUGUCAAUUGUAUGCACAUUUGUGAAAGCCUUUUCUAAAACUCGCCCCUCCCCCCUUCGGACCAAUUUUGCCUUUCUGAGGUAGGGUAAAUUUUAAAUAGGUGAUUGCAAUGUCAGCCGGUGCAGCUGUUCUUUUCACACAAACACGAAUAGCUUAAUUAAAGUUUUGAAGUCCUUGUUUUAAGCAGAUACUUCUAGAUAUGACUUCAUAUAGCUAUAUAUGCAUAUAUACGUGCAAACAUAUACAUACAUAUAGCUUACAUUAAAUGUUGCUUGGAAAGGGAACUAUUAGUACAUAUUCAGGUGAAAAAUUCGAACAAUAUAACAAACUGCCUCAAGCCGAAAGAAAACAGACCUCUUAGAAUAAUUCUGUUCUUAACUCACUUCCUCAUGCCUACAUCACUUGGUAGCUUAUAAGGGACCAUAGAAUCUAACACUUAGGCCCAACAAGGUGGAUUAAGGACAGAAGUUCAGCCUUAAUUCAAUUUCUUGGCCUAAAUGCGUUAAAACUGGAUCUUUAAAAUAAUAAGGUACGUUUUUCAGUGAUUCAAAACCCAAAAGCUAAUGAUGAAAAAUUAACAUAUAGACCAUUUGUCGAUCUGCUGGGCAUUUUUCGGACAUGAAGCAAUGGAAGAUGUAGGCUUGUAGCUAUGUCAAGGAUUAUUUUCAGACCUUUUCAGUGCCACUCCCUCUUGCAGGAUUGCUUUCUUUUGCCCGGUGGCGAGCUGCAGCCUGCUUCCCUCCCCUGCCACACUGUGCUCUCCCGGGAAACUUUAACACAGAAUCAGGGCUGUUUGCAUCAUUUUACCUCUAGAGCAACCACCGGUUUUUCUACUUUAGUCAAGCUGUCAAGCAGACACAAGAAAAAAAUAAUCUCUUUCGGCUGCCUUACUUAUUGUGCCUUAACAGAAUAGGUGACCUUAAAAACUUCUGAUGCAGUGAGUUUCUGUAUGGAGUAGUUCUGAAAAAAAAGAGGGGCGGCGGGCAAGGACAGAAGAUGGAUAGCCCAAAUACACACACACGUAUAGGUAGGUAGACCUUUAGAUAGACACAUCAAGAUUGAUAUAUAUAUAUAUGUAUAACAUAAUGUCCGAUACUGAAAAGAGUUAAAAUACAGAACAGUGGAUGGAACAGACAGUUCAUCGACCGUUCAAAGAACGUCUCUAAUCUGGAGAAGGCCUUAAUCACAGGAUCGGCCAGCUAAAUAGGUGCCAAUGAAAAACUUUUGCAUUAGUAAACCUCCACCCUUCAAAUCAUGCCUUUACCCAUCGCUGCUCCCAAACCUACGGGAGCCGCGGGGCACGUUAGGAUGGAGAAGUGUGACCUUCUUUAUCAAACAGACUGUCGUUAAAAAGAGAUAGCACCCGCUUCAAAUCACAAAUGAAAGAGGAUGGCUAGUUUCAAAUGCCUUCUGCUCCUGGAUGCUCCUUCCAGAUUUAUUUUAGUAUGUGCACAAAAGAAGAAAAAAAGUAACCUUUCAGUUUCGUGUCAAAAAAACACAUGCACUCUUAAAUAAUUUACUAGAACAUCCUGUUGGGAUUGCCACUCUUGCAAGACAGGGAAGAAGGCCUCAUUAAUAGGUUUGUUUGUUUACUUGCUUGAUUUUUCAUUUAUAUUGAUUUUUUUAUUUUUUUUUUUAACCUGCUUUUUUUCCGGUGAUUUGGCCGAAGGCCUGAAGAAGAUUCCUGUGAAGUCAGUGGGGAAGCUAAACAAAGCAACAAACUCUGACACAGCCUCCUGUGGAGAUAUGUCAGGCCGUUCGGCUGCAUGCCUGUGUAUUUAUUUUUGCGUUCUUCU